AACACUGGCAUUGUGUCUUGAUUCAGGAAAUUUCAAGUUCAAGUAUGCUUCCUUGCAGUUCUAUUAGUAGACAUCGGUCAUCUAUGACAGCCAUGCUCUUUGUGACCCUGUAUGGCAGAACAUUUGAUUGCUUUCUGUUGCCCUUACCGCAAGACCCUACUUUGACCUAUGGCUGUGACAUUUUUGAAGCGAUGCAGAUGUUCAUGUCUAUGUUUUCAAAGUACUGCCUUUUGGAGAGAUGUCCCCCUGACCAGCUUUGUGAGGCAAUGUAGUUGAAGUUCUGUAGAAUACCUAGUAGCAAGUCAGAUUUCACCAUAAUUACACAGGGGCUUGGUACUAACCUAUUGUACCCUACCCACAGCUACUUCUACUGCGUUGUUCAGAGGGGAGGCGCUUCAAUAUACCACCUAGGUUCUUGCUUCAGUACCGAAUGUUUUCCUGCGCGACACCGUUGCUGCGCGAACGUUGGAGAGCUGGCUGAAAACAUUUCAUUCGCAUGGAGUUCUCUCUCUGCUGACUUUGACAUUUUUUUUAUUGUUACAUACUUAUUCUUUAAUAUUGUAUUUUAUUUCCCACAAGACUACGACUGUGCGAAUUAUCUGCUUUACCUAAUGUUCAGAGUUUGAAUCAUCUGCAACCGCAUGCCUGGAAUCGUGCGUUAGCAACUCGCUUGGAAAAUCAUCGACUAAGGCAAAGUGAAGUGGUUUGGAGGUGGAACCGGACCAGAAUCUCACCAUGCAGAGAGAGAGAGUCGAGAUGUGCAUCAGGGAAUCUGUGAUGGGCCCUGUAUUGACAUGCCCUGAAACGAACACUGAGUGAUGGGCUGUGUGUUUGCAAUGCAGAUGUAGGAGAAUGCAUUUCUGCCAUGCCGAGUACAGCCAAGCACCAGCCAGAUGGCUGGCCUCAAGUGUGUUUGUUCUUAUUAGCCUCUUCUAUGCUGUGAUGGGGCAACUGGCUCUCUGGCUCCCCUCCAUAGAUGCCUUAAAGGCAUUUUACAGCCACUGAGCCACCACAAUACCUUCCCUGAGGGGGUGAAUCUCCUGCUGUCUGGUUCUGCUGUUCAAACAUGACCUCAGGCUACUGAAGACCUCCCUGUUAUUCCUCCUGCUCUCUCUGUAUCACUCCUAGUACUCUAUUCUCCAAUGGGUUCCCGCAGUCAAGGUGGCUUUUUCCACCAUCACCACCACCACAGCUCAGUGGUGCCCACAGCCGUGCCCAGGCUUCUCACAGAGAACGGCAGUCUGCUAGGGGGCAUUGCCCAGAUCACCCCUAACCUCUUCCUGAGCCGGGGAAAUGUGGCGUCCAACCGAAGCCUGCUGCUGUCCAAGGGCAUCACCUGCGUGGUCAAUGCCACUAUUGAGCUGCCCAACUUCAACUGGCCCCAUGUGGAGUAUGUAAAGGUACCCCUGGCAGACAUGCCCCACUCCCCCCUCUCCCUGUACUUCGACAGCAUAGCUGAUAAGAUCCACAGUGUUGGGAGAAAGCGGGGAGCUGUGCUGGUGCACUGUGCUGCAGGGGUGAGCCGCUCAGCCUCCCUGUGCCUGGCCUACCUGAUGAAGUACCACCGUGUGUCUCUGGCUGAGGCCCACGCUUGGGUCAAGGCCCGCCGGCCAGUCAUCCGGCCCAACGGGGGCUUCUGGCGUCAGCUCAUCGACUACGAAAGGAAGCUGUUUGGCAGGAACUCUGUGAAAAUGGUGCAGACGCCCUACGGGGUGAUACCUGACGUCUAUGAGCGGGAGCGCAGGAAUCUGGCACCCUACUGGGGCCUGUAGAGGAGGUCUGGGGCCUCGCCAAGGGGGGAGGGAAGGCGACGGAGAAGAGAGUCCUCCAGGGCUGCCGGUUCAUGCAUGUUCCCCCAGCCAGAGAUGCAGAGUGAGAUGAAGCGUGUGACUGUCUGUCUUUGUGAAGCUUAAUUAAUGAAUGCAUUGGGAUGUAUGGAGUCUUAGUAAUCAGUCACUACACUGCAGACUGGUUACUGGUGGGUGAUGCUACACUACACCGCAUCAACCCCCGUCUGUCUGUCUCUGAGAGGAAGCAAGGCCUCCUCAAGUCUGGAAUCCUCAGGACCAAAGGAGUAACAGAACCACGACCAAGCCAGACCCCAGAUCAGCUGACAUGGCCAGACCCAGACUGUGACUUUAGAGUCUAGCUUAAUGCCCCAGACUCUGGGAAGGUGUAGGCGGUGCUUUAGACUCAGCAAUUUUGACAGGCAGCGGUGUGACUCACUCAAGUCCUUCCCCGACGUAACGUCAUGUGAUGGUAUUGUGCCAGUUUUGCUGUUGUCUUUAAUGUGAGAACUAGCAGCAGUCCUGCUCUGUUUUGUUUGACAAAUUGAAUUAUGUUCUUAAGAGAGAACUGAAAUCAAGAAAAGAUAUGGGCUGUUAGUGUAUACACAAAGUCCCUACUUACUAUGGGGAUGAUUAUGCAGAAUAUACUGUAUUGGUACUAAUAUUGUACAAUAUUAUGCUAUUUUAGAAUGUCACCACCCUCUGUUAAUAGGAAGACAGUACUGUGUUAGGGGCUUGGGAGAAUCACAGUUUCUAUUUCCCUAUUUUUGCCUCAUAUUGAUGUUUAAGUGAAAUGAGGUCCAAGGAAGAACACAACCAGAGAGUCCUGUGCUUAACCUGUGUACUGCCAUUGAUAAACCUUCCUAAGAAUGCUAUACCUUACACACGAAAAGAUUUGAAAUAAAAUGUUCAUAUUACUGUAGCAAGUGAACAAUGCCCGUGUCAAAGGUGUAAGCAGAAAGCCAAGCUUACAUGAAUUUAGUGCUCUAUUCAAUCUAUCGCUGAAGCGUUACAGAUUGUGCAAUAGAAAUGUAAAGGUAAUUUCCGACUGAGCCAAAUUUGUAUCACGCUGUAACGCUGAACUUGACAUGGAUUGAAUAGAGCCCUUAGGUUAUAAAAACUAAGGCAAUGAAUGAUUAACAAGCUAAUGUAACGGGUUAGCUCAUGCAACUGUUUGUGUGUUUGAAAUGAAUAAUAAAAUAAAUGACUGAUA